CGGACUUUCGUCGCGGUUGCGCGCGGAAGUGUUAGUCACGUGACACAUAUCAAGCGUAAAUAUUUUUUCUCCGCACAGCGAAUGAUCGCUGGCCUCUCUGUUUUACCUGCAUAAAUGAGUAUCGACUUAACUUUUCCCUAGUUUAAAUUGCGCAGAUUUUGUCUAGUAUCCACAGUUUACUGGAAUAUUCAAACUGAACAGUUCAAAAUGAACGUGGAUCAUCCGCAAACCGGACAAACUGGAGCAGCAGCCGCAUCCAGCACAUCCACAUCCAACUGCGUCCCGAACAGCGCCUCCACAAACGUCAGCAGCAUCCCUGCGGUCGGCAGCGGCAAUGUUCCCACCUCGGCAGCAAUGGCAACCCCAUCAUCCGACUCCACCGUGUCAAACGGGGUGUAUGUGCCCACAGGCAUCGCUAAUGGAGACGUGAAGCCCGUUAUCUCAACCACACCGCUGGCUGAUUUCCUGAUGCAGCUGGAGGAUUACACCCCAACAAUCCCAGACGCAGUCACAGGAUACUACCUCAACCGAGCUGGUUUUGAAGCAUCAGAUCCAAGAAUAAUCCGUCUCAUAUCAUUGGCGUCGCAGAAGUUCAUCUCAGAUAUUGCAAAUGACGCACUACAGCACUGCAAAAUGAAGGGCACAGCCUCUGGAAGCUCCCGAAACAAGACUAAGGACAAGAAGUACACGCUGACAAUGGAAGAUCUGACACCAGCCAUGGCAGAGUAUGGCAUAAAUGUAAAGAAACCUCAUUACUUCAUUUGAGGGGAAGUGCUUCAUUGAAAUGGACUGCUGGAAAUGCGCUGUUUUAUCCCAUCAGAGCUUUGAAGACAUUAUCCUUCAGCGUGGGAACCAUCAGCCCACUGGCCCUCAGCUUUUUGUAUUUUCUUUAAGCGUGUUUAAGUUGUUUGAUUAUAUCACACCGUGUGACUUUAGUUGAUGUCAGUAAAAAUCCUGUAUAAAUAAAUUCAUUGUAAUUACGUUUUGUGUAAUUGCACGUCUUCGGUUACUGAAGCCUAGUGGGAUCAAUUAUUGUAAAAAUGAGUCUUCAUUUAACCACUGUAAAGCUUUUACACUUCUGACGUCAGUUGAUGCGCUGUCUCUGCUUUAUGGAUUUAGUUUCAUGCCAUAAGAGGCUUGAGCUGUAACGUGUUGCAGUAUUAAUAGUACCUAGAGCUGCUCUCAAGUUUCCCUCUCUACAGUGUAGUACAGCUGCACUGGCCAUAGAUCGCUCAUCACACCAUCUGUCUACAGCAAACAUGAUAUUAAUAAUAUUUAAAUACUAGCCUUUGCUUUGUGCUAUUUGCAGUUGCGCUUCAUCUGCAUGUGCUUACAGGCAAAGUUAAUACAAAUGUCAAGCUCAAUAAUAGUGACGGGGCAGUUAUAUUAUUUUAAAGCUAGUAUUCAGUGAAAUUCAAAUGCAAUUAUUACUGUGCUCUUAUUUGAAAAACAGUGAUUAUUUUGUAAGCGUGAAUAUUAAAUGAUUUCAUAAAACGA